AUGGCUGUCUCAAGGGCUCCCGCACCUGACUCCGCCCGUCAGAUGAUGCUCUGGCUGUUCCCGCUUGUCUUGUGCCUUGGCUCAGGGAAUGAAGUUUCACGAAACAGUACAAGAACAACAGUGACGAAUGGUGUUCUAGGGGAGUCUGUAACCCUUCCUCUGGAGCUUCCUGCAGGAACGAAGGCCAUCGUCUGGCAUUACGAAGGAGAAGCAUCGCAUUAUGUAGGAAAAGUAUCACAUGUCACUACAAUCCUUAUCAUCCAGCUAAAUAAGUCUGAAAAUCCACAAAUCAUGAAAACUGAUCCAAAGAGGGAAAAGAGACUGCACAUCACCCAGUCCUACUCUCUGCAAGUCAGCAACCUCACAAUGGCAGACACAGGAUCGUAUACUGCCCAGAUAAUCACAGAGGACUCUUCCCCGGACUUCAUUAUUUAUAUUCUGAGGGUCUUUGAACGACUAAGUAACUUAGAAGUUACCAACCAUACUCGCCUGUUUGAGAAUGGGACCUGUGAGAUCCACCUGACCUGUAUUGUGGAGAAUCCAAAUCGUACUGUCUCAGUUGGAUGGCAGGCAUCAGGAAGCACCUCUUUAAGGGAACCAAAUCUUACUGUCUCCUGGGACCCAAAGAAUUCCAUUGACCAGAGUUAUACCUGCCAAGCUGAGAACGCUGUCAGCAAUCUGUCCAUCUCUGUCUCUGCCCAGAGUCUUUGCACAGAUUCCUCCCAAGACACAGAUACUCCAGGCUCUCCAGGUAACACUGUGUAUGCACAAGUCACUCAUCCAGUACAAGAAAUGGAAAUCCCCAAAUCCAUGAAAAAUGAUUCCAUGACAAUUUACUCCAUAGUUAAUCAUUCCAGACAGCCCAUUUCUCCCAGGAUGGAUACUCUUAAGGACAUCAAGUAAGUUGGUG